UUCGCAUGGCGCAUCUUUUAGCAGCGGUAAGCUUGCCGCCGGUGACAUUUCGGCCGGCCGGAGGGCACUAUCUGCGAUUAACUACAAAAACUCAGGCAAUAAGAGCAGUAUCGCUUGAGGAAAUUCCCCCAAAUGCGGUUCGACGGAAGCUCGAUUCAACAUGGAGAGGAGGUUUCAGUCUUGGGGUAGAUUUGGGUCUUGCCCGUACUGGACUUGCCCUAAGUAAAGGAUUCAAUUUUCGACCCUUAACGGUUUUGGAGUUGAGAGGACAGAAGCUUGAACUUCGAAUUAUUGAUAUUGCCCAAAAACAGGAAGUGGAUGAGUUUAUAAUUGGACUCCCUUUGUCAAGUGAUGGAAAGGAAACUCCACAAUCUAACAAAGUUCGGAGUGUUGCUGGUAGGCUUGCUGUUCGAGCUGCUGAGAGGGGAUGGAGAGUAUAUCUGCAGGAAGAGUACGGGACAACAAUUGACGCAAUGAGCUACAUGGUUGAUAGGGGCCUCGGAAAAUCUGCUCGUGAAGGGAAACAGGACGCCUACGCUGCUGCUAUGGUGCUUGAGAGGUACUUUUUAGAGUCAGGUCGGAGAAUCGAGCUAGUGUUACCCAAGCAGUUGGAUCUCCAAGAGAGGUUAAAGAAGGGGUGUUCUAAGGAUGCUGAUUAUUCUACAGAUGAAUCUGAUUAGUUGAAUAAUUUGCAAUGCUUUCAGGAACCCCUCCCAAAACUUCCUAGUUGUAGGAAAGAAGGUUGAAUAGAUCAAUACAGUUAUUGUGAUAGCUCUAGCCACUUGAAAAGUACUUGUACCUUUAGAGGACAUGGAUGGUUUACCCUAUUAUAUGUUUUUAAAGUAUCAUGCUCCUGUAUAGCAAGUUAGAUAGGAAAAGCACUCAUGUAUCUUGUUCGAGGAAAAGGUAUAGGGAUGGUCAUGAAUGUGAUAGACACUGUAUGCAAUGAACUGAUGAAAUAACCUGCUUGUUGGGCUUGCUGA